AUGACGAGUGUUACAUUACCAUCAUCCACUGAUCUGGAACUUCUAAUCAGGGAUCAUCAGCCAACAAUUCUGGCUAUACAGGAAAUACAUCGAGCCACCAAGGCAUCAAUGAACAACUCUCUCGGAAAACGAUACCAGUGGAUCAUCAAAGAGAUGAAAAAUUCCUAUCAUUCGGUUGCAAUCGACGAUAUCGGCUAUCCGAUGCUACGACAUUUGGGCCCAAUCGGGAAGGCGGUCCUACUGGCCGCUAUCAACGCCGAAUGGAUAUCGGGAACUAUGCCGGAAUCAUGGAAACAAGCUCUGGUUGUUCCGAUAAAAAAAUCUGGUGCUCAAGGAAAUGCCCCUCAAGGGUACCGUCCCAUCUCGCUGACCAGUUGUACCUGCAAAAUCGCCGAACGUAUGGUGAACAGACGAUUAGUUGAAUAUCUCACCGCCAACCAAAAACUUGAUGACCGACAGCACGGGUUCCGCUCGGGAUUUGGUACCGGAUCUUACCUUGCAACCCUUGGCCACGCUUUAGAUGACGCCGUCAACACUGGUGAACACGCCGAACUCGCCUCCCUCGAUCUAGCAAAGGCUUACAACCGGGCCUGGAUGCCAGAUGUACUACGCAAAUUAGUCUCAUGGAAAGUACUAGUUGGUGAUCACCUUUCCGAUCGCAAAACUGAAGAAACUGGAGUUCCUCAAGGAUCCGUCAUCGCUGUUACUUUAUUUCUGAUUGCGAUGGAUGGCAUUUUCGGAAACAUUCCCAGAGGAAUUAGGAUCUUCCUCUAUGCAGAUGACAUACUUAUUCUGGUUACCGGACGACAUCCUAAAUCUGCCAGGAGGAAACUACAAUCAGCAGUUUCAGCGGUUUACCGUUGGGCUAACGCUGUCGGUUUCGACAUAGCGGUGGAAAAAUGCGUUAGAACACAUAUAUGUAAAGCAGCCCAUCGUCCACCUACCAAACCCAUCACCAUCAAUGGCUGCCCAAUUGCCACCCGUAAAACAUUUAAAGCCCUCGGGGUCACCCUGGACCGCAAUUUAAAUUUCCAGAACCAUUUUGACGGGGUGAAAAAGAGCUGCAAGACUAGGCUAAACCUUUUACGAAUUAUUUCAAGCAAAAAUACCCGAAGCGGUCGGUAUGCUAGACUGCGGGUGGCUGACGCCAUUAUUACCAGCCGACUAUUAUAUGGGGUCGAAAUUUCUUGUAGCGCCGAAGCUGAGAUGUUGAAACGACUUAGCCCGACAUACAAUCAGGCAAUUAGACUGUGCUCCGGUCUUCUUCCAUCCACUCCUGCCCUCUCCGCCUGCGUGGAGGCUGGAGUACUUCCGUUUAACUACCGAGUCCCAUUGGCUAUUGGAUCGAGAGCCAUUGGUUUCCUAGAAAAAUCCAGAUCGGACGGGUCGACGCCCUUCCUUCUUAGAGAGGCGAACCGAUCCGUAAGAACAGUGGCCGGUGCCACGCUCCCCCCGGUGGCAGGACUCCACCGGACCGGUCCUCGGAGCUGGCAGGCCAAACCUAUCCGGAUUGAUCACCAUUUUCAAAAGAUCUUUAAAAAAGGCGGUCAGCGCAUAACCAGAUCAACAUGCUACCCUAACGAUGCAACGAACAGUAAAGUCGUGGUCCAGCAAGCCUGGGCAGAACGUUCACAAUCCAAAUACCGCCUUGCAGAUAUCCGCUUCUCGGAUGCCUCUAAAGCCGGCGGAAAAGUCGGUAUUGGAGUCUCCAAACGAUGUGGCGACCAAAGCUUCAGCCUGCCAGACUGCGUGUCAAUAUUCUCAGCCGAGGCAGCUGCUGCUUUCCAAGCUGCCAUCAGCCUCUUCAGUGGCCGCACUUUGAUAGUCACAGACUCAGCCAGUGUUAUUGCGGCACUUAACUCCCCUACCAACCGUCACCCGUGGAUUCAAGCCAUCCAAGCCAUGGCAGAUAAUCUGGAAAACUGUCCCAUCACGUUCAUGUGGGUUCCAGGGCAUUGCAACGUACCCGGAAACGAGGCCGCCGAUGCUCUCGCGUAUAUUGGUCAUUCAAGCACCCGCCUCACAAGGAACGUUCCCGGCACCGAUGCCAAAACUUGGCUAAGAAACAUCAUAGAGGACGCUUGGGCUAACGAGUGGCAUAACAACCGAACGCUAUUCACCCGAAAAAUAAAAGGGAUAACGACUCCCUGGAAGGACCGAACCAAUCGAAGGGAGCAGGUGGUACUUUCCAGAUUACGGACUGGCCACACCAGAAUCUCACACAAUUUUGCUGGAGGUCCCAACUUUCGACAAAGCUGCGACACCUGCGGAGGGCCUAAUAGUGUGGAACACUUUCUCGCGGAAUGCCCAGUCUUCCAUCAAUCAAGAACAAAAUAUCAAAUCAACAGCAUUCGCGACGCCCUUAGAAACGAUGAAACCGGUAACACUUGA